CCGACAUCAGCCAUGUCAUCCAGGCCUUUUGAAAGUCCACCUCCUUACAGACCUGAUGAAUUCAAACCCAAUCAUUAUGCACCAAGCAAUGACGUAUAUGGUGGAGAGAUGCAUAUUCGACCGAUGCUCUCUCAGCCAGCGUAUUCUUUCUACCCGGAAGAUGAAAUUCUCCACUUCUACAGAUGGACCUCUCCUCCAGGAGUGAUUCGGAUUCUGUCUAUGCUCAUUAUCGUGAUGUGCAUUGCCAUUUUUGCCUGUGUUGCCUCCACUCUUGCCUGGGACAGAGGCUAUGGAACCUUAAUGGGAGGUGGCAUGGGCUACCCUUAUGGAGGAAGUGGCUUUGGUAGCUACGGAAGUGGAUAUGGCUAUGGUUAUGGCUACGGUUAUGGCUAUGGAGGAGGCUAUACAGAUCCAAGAGCAGCAAAGGGAUUCCUGCUGGCCAUGGCUGCCUUUUGUUUCAUGGCUGCAUUGGUGAUAUUUGUUACCAGCGUUAUAAGAGCUGAAAUAUCUAGAACAAGAAGAUAUUAUUUGACUGUGAUAAUAGUGAGUGCUAUCCUGGCCAUUAUGGUGUUUAUUGCCACAAUUGUCUAUAUAAUGGGAGUCAACCCAACUGCCCAGGCAUCUGGGUCUCUCUACAGUUCACAAAUAUAUGCCCUCUGCAACCAGUUUUAUACACCUGCAGCUGCUGGAGUCUAUGUGGAUCAAUAUUUAUAUCACUACUGUGUGGUGGAUCCCCAGGAGGCCAUUGCCAUUGUGCUGGGGUUUAUGGUUAUUGUGGCUUUUGCUUUAAUAAUUUUCUUUGCUGUGAAAACUCGAAGAAAGAUGGACCGGUAUGACAAGUCAAACAUUUUGUGGGACAAGGAACGUAUUUAUGAUGAGCAGCCCCCCAAUGUCGAAGAGUGGGUUAAAAACGUUUCUGCAGGCACACAAGACAUGCCUCCUCCCCUUUCUGACUACGUGGAGAGAGUGGACAGUCCCGUGGCCUACUCCUCCAAUGGUAAAGUGAACGAGAAGCGACUGUAUCCAGAGUCUUCCUAUAAAUCAACACCGGUGCCUGAAGUGGCUCAGGAGCUGCCAGUGACUUCACCUGUGGAGGACUUCCGGCAGCCUCAUUACAGCAACAGUGGUAACUUGGAGACGCUUUCAAAAAGGGCUCCCUCGAAGGGCAGGGCAGGAAAGUCGAGGAGAUCAGAGCAAGACCACUAUGAAACAGACUACACGACGGGCGGCGAGUCCUGCGAUGAGCUGGAGGAGGACUGGAUCAGGGAAUAUCCACCUAUCACUUCAGAUCAACAAAGACAACUCUACAAGAGGAAUUUUGACACUGGCCUGCAGGAAUACAAGAGCUUACAAGCAGAACUUGAUGAGAUCAAUAAAGAACUCUCUCGUCUGGAUAAAGAACUGGAUGACUAUAGAGAAGAAAGUGAAGAGUAUAUGGCUGCUGCUGAUGAAUACAAUAGAUUGAAACAAGUUAAGGGAUCUGCAGAUUACAAAAGUAAGAGGAAUUAUUGCAAGCAGUUGAAGAGCAAAUUGUCACACAUUAAGAAGAUGGUUGGAGAUUAUGAUCGACAGAAAACAUAG